AUGGGUCGCGUGUCUAAAAAGCGAAAAAGAGGCUGGAAGCCCGAAACCCCCUCUGUCUUCUCUGUUAGUAACGUUCAGCUCAUCAACCCACCCAACACCACCGUUGCCAGUGACCCUCGUCCUCGCGGCCGUCCAAAGAAACCGCCCAAUCCGGAGAAGCCUCCUCCGCCGUUGAAGAGGAGGGCCCCACCAAGUGCUGUGGAGGUUGAGCUCAUCAACCCACCCAACCCCACCGCUGACGAUGAUCAUUGUCCUCGCGGCCGUCCAAAGAAUCGGCCCAAUCGGGGGAAGCCUCCUCCGCCGCUGCCACCGAGUGCUGUGGAGAACGGUGGAGAGCUCAUGGACGGGGUGGGAGCAGCAGUGGUGCCGGCAAUGGACGCGGUGGAGAAGCUAUUCGGCGAGAACACGGAACUGGAACUGAGAAAUUCAGCCCUUGAAGAAGGAUGGAACAACUACCAAUACGAUCUAGAAUGGCAUUCAGCACUUGUUGGACUUGAAGAUGCUGAAAAGGAGCUGGAAGCCCGAUUGUUGGACGACAAUGAAAAAAGCCUCCGUGUGAUUUCACUGGUGAGCAAAGAACCACUUGGCAAGAUAGCUCUGGCAAGGAAAGUUUAUAACAGACAAGAAAUUCGUCAGCAUUUCGAACGCCGUGCGUGGGUUCAUGUUCCCAAGGAUUUCGCAUAUAAGGAUGUAACAUAUCGGGGUCUGUUGAUUAUCAUACUCAUGAAGAUUCAAGUACCUUUUGGGCCUUUAGAGUCAAUGAGCGAGGAGGAACUGUCUGCUGUGCUAUACCAGACUCUAAUGAAAGUUAGGUUUUUUAUAGUCUUAGAUGAUGUCUGCACGGUUGAUGUGUGGUUCAUGCUGGCAUAUCCCUUUGCGAACGUCCAGAAUGGAAGUAGGAUCAUCCUUACUACCCGUGACUGUAAUGUAGCGUCGCAUGAUGAUUUAUGGAAUUCUCGUUUGAAUCUUAUGCAUUUAUCUGAUGAGGGGAGUUGGGCAUUGUUCUUGAAGAAAGUAGAUAGACCACAAAAUAGCUCAGACAUAAACAACUUCAGAGAAGACAUUUUGAGAAUAUGUCACGGUUUGUCUCCAGCAAUCAUGCUACUGGGAGGAGUGUUGUCAACUAUGGAAUCAAGUGAGUGGUCAAGAGUGAUUGAUCUGCAGCUGUGGCUUGCUCAUGGAUUUGUUCAAACAUCACCUGAGGCGAGCGUCCCCAAAGAUGUGGCCAAGGAAUAUUUGGAAGAACUAGUGUGUAGAAACAUGAUUGAAAUAGUAAGAUGGAAGCCAGAUGGAACCCCAAAAACAUGUCAUAUGCCAUGUUAUCUCUAUGAUGUGUUCUUGCCAAAAGUUAAAGAUAUAGGAUUUCUUGAUCUCCACCAUGGCAAGUCAGAACGUACAUCUGCAGACUCGCUUGGAUUUCUACCACCCUUUUUUUCUAGACGUGAUACAAUCAAUAGUGGAGGGUUUUUGAUGCAGAAGGUGGUCAAUUUGGAGGGUGUCUUCAAACCUCUGUUAGCUGAGAAACUUGGUAUGGUUAAUUUAAGGUAUUUGAACUUGCGGCGGACUUAUCUAGACUCAUUUCCUGCAUUUAUAGAGGAUCUACCACGCCUGGAGAUUUUAGAUUUGAAGCACACUCAUAUAACCAUUUUGCCAUGUUCCAUUUGGAAGGCAAAUAACCUUCGACAUCUUUACAUGAACGGUAUAUCCAUUCAGAAGCCAACAAAUCAGCCUCCAACCAACCUUCAGGUGUUAACGGGGCUCAAUAUUGGAUCUAAGGACUUCGGGAUAUAUGGCUUGGAUAGGUGCACUCAGGGGCGGAGCCAGAGGGGGGCGAGGGGGGGCACCUGCCCCCUCUGA